AUGCCUGUGUCCUGUCGGCUGCUGUCUCCUCUUCUUCACACUUUCCAUGCUGACAUAUUGACUUCAUCCUCUCAAUGUAACACAGACCUUACCCCCUGCUGUGAUGCUUUGUCGCUCCAGGGCAGAAACCUGGUGCCAUCGGCCCCUGGUGGCGUGAAGCUGAACUACAGCGUCCUGAUCGGAGACACGCCCUGCUCUGUCACGGUGUCCGAGAGCCAGCUGCUGUGUGAACCUCCCAACCUCACCGGACAAUACAAAGUCAUGGUGCAGGUUGGGGGUCUCCACGUGUCCCCCGGCUCGGUCCACAUCAUGUCGGACUCUCUGCUCACACUGCCGGCCAUCGUCAGCAUCGCGGCCGGAGGAGGACUUCUGCUCAUCAUCGUCAUCCUCGUGCUGAUCGCCUACAAGCGCAAAUCCAGAGAGAACGACCUGACGCUGAAGAGGCUGCAGAUGCAAAUGGACAACCUGGAGUCCCGGGUGGCUCUGGAGUGCAAGGAAGCCUUUGCAGAGCUGCAGACAGACAUAAAUGAAUUGACCAGUGACUUGGACCGUGCCGGUAUCCCGUACCUGGACUACAGGACGUACGCCAUGAGGGUGCUGUUCCCGGGAAUCGAAGACCACCCCGUCCUCAGGGAGCUGGAGGUGUCUGGAAAUGGCCAGCUUCACGUAGAGAAAGCCCUGAAGGUUUUUGGUCAGCUAAUCAACAACAAAGUCUUCCUGUUGACAUUCAUAAGGACCUUGGAGAUGCAGCGCUCUUUCUCCAUGCGGGACCGGGGCAACGUGGCCUCCCUCAUCAUGACGGCUCUACAGGGCCGGCUGGAAUACGCCACCGAUGUCUUAAAACACCUGCUGUCUGACCUCAUAGACCGCAACCUGGAGAGCAAGAACCACCCCAAACUGCUUCUGCGCAGGACCGAGUCGGUGGCGGAGAAGAUGCUCACCAACUGGUUUGCCUUCCUCCUGCACAAGUUUCUCAAGGACUGUGCUGGCGAGCCUUUGUUCAUGCUGUACUGCGCCAUCAAGCAGCAGAUGGAGAAGGGCCCGAUCGACGCCAUCACCGGAGAGGCCCGCUACUCCCUGAGCGAAGACAAGCUCAUCCGCCAGCAAAUCGAGUACAAGACACUGAUCCUGAACUGUGUGAACCCGGACAACGAGAACAGCCCUGAGAUUCCGGUCAAAGUGCUGAACUGCGACACCAUUACUCAGGUGAAGGAGAAGAUCCUGGACGCUGUGUACAAGAACAUGCCCUACUCCCAGAGGCCGCGCGCCGUCGACAUGGACCUGGAGUGGCGUCAGGGGAGGAUGGCCCGUGUGGUUCUGCAGGACGAGGACAUCACCACAAAGAUCGAAAACGACUGGAAGCGCCUCAACACACUCAUGCACUACCAGGUGUCGGACCGUUGUGUGGUGGCCCUGGUUCCCAAACAGACCUCCUCCUAUAACAUCCCCUCGGCCAGUAUGUCCCGCUCCUCUAUCAGCAGAUACGACUCUUCUUUCCGGUACACGGGCAGUCCGGACAGCAUGAGGUCCCGUGCGCCCAUGAUCACCCCAGACCUGGAGAGCGGAGUGAAGGUGUGGCAUCUGGUGAAGAACCACGAGCACGGAGACCAGAAGGAGGGCGACCGCGGCAGCAAGAUGGUGUCGGAGAUCUAUCUCACCCGACUGCUUGCCACAAAGGGUACACUGCAGAAGUUUGUGGACGACCUGUUUGAGACGUUGUUCAGUACAGUGCACAGAGGCAGCACGCUCCCUCUGGCCAUAAAAUACAUGUUUGACUUCCUGGACGAGCAAGCGGACAGACACGGCAUCCACGACACAGACGUGCGGCACACGUGGAAAAGCAACUGCCUUCCGUUGAGGUUCUGGGUGAACGUGAUCAAGAACCCUCAGUUUGUGUUCGACAUCCACAAGAGCAGCAUCACGGACGCCUGCCUGUCCGUGGUGGCCCAGACCUUCAUGGACUCCUGCUCCACGUCCGAGCACCGGCUGGGCAAAGACUCUCCCUCCAACAAGCUGCUCUAUGCUAAAGACAUCCCCCAUUACAAGAGCUGGGUGGAGAGGUACUACGCGGACAUUAACCGCCUGCCCGCCAUCAGUGACCAGGACAUGAACGCGUACUUGGCAGAACAGGCCCGACUGCACUCCUGCGACUUCAACAUGCUCAGCGCUCUGAACGAGAUCUACUCCUACAUCAGCAAGUACAGCGAAGAGAUCACCGCCGCGUUGGAACAGGACGAAACGGCGAGGAAGCAGCGCCUGGCGUACAAAGUGGACCAGCUCAUCUCUGCCAUGUCUCUGGAGAGCUGA